GUUGCUGGGCUAAGAGAUUGUUCGUACAAGUCAAAGGAAGCUUCUGAUGAGAACAUGAGCGUGGAAGCUGCCGACAGGGAAGCUGCCACCUCCAGCAGGCCCUGCACGCCUCCUCAGACCUCCUGGUUUGAGUUCCUGCUUGAGGAAUCUCUGCUAGAGAAACAUCUGAAAAAGGUUUCCCCUGAUCCAUCACCUGUUCAGCUGAUUGUUCAGUUUUUGGAGCAGGCGUCCAAACCUCUGGUGAACGAGCAGAAUCAGGUUCAGCCUCCACCUGAUAACAAGAGAAACCGUAUUUUAAAACUGCUUGCUCUGAAAGUAGCUGCACAUUUAAAGUGGGAUUUGGAUGUGCUGGAGAAAAGCUUGUCGGUCCCUGUAUUGAACAUGCUACUGAAUGAACUGCUGUGUGUUAGCAAAGUACCUCCAGGAACCAAACACGUAGAUGUGGACCUAGCCAGUUUACCUCCAACUACUGCAAUGGCUAUAUUGCUCUACAACAGAUGGGCUAUUAGGACCAUAGUCAAAAGUAGUUUUCCUCUUAAGCGAGUGAAGCCUGGUCCACCUCAGUUAAAUGUGAUGAAUCAGAUUCAGCAGGAAAAAGAAGUCACAGAAAAUAUUUUGAAAGUGCUAAAAGAACAGGCCGCUGAUUCCAUUUUGGUGCUAGAAGGAGCGCUCAAAUUAAAUAAAGAUCUUUACAUUCACACGAUAAGAACACUAGAUUUACUAGCCAUGGAGCCUGGAAUGGUGAAUGGAGAAACAGAGAGCUCUACAGUGGGAUUCAGCAUCAGUACUGAGGAAAUGCAGUGCCAGGUCUGUUAUGAUCUAGGAGCCAUCUACUUUCAGCAGGGUUCCACAAAUUCAGCUUUAUAUGGAAAUGCCAGAGAGAAAUUUUUUAGAACAAAGGAACUGCUGUCAAAGAUUGGGUCAUCGCUUCAUUACACCAUAGAUGAGAAGAGGUUAGCUGGCUACUGUCAAGCAUGUGGUGUUCUUUCACCCUCUGUUGAUGAUGCAUCACAACCGGCAACUCCUUACAGUCGAAUCCAUAGCUGUUUAAGGUCUGGCAAUUAUCAGGAACUAGUGAAGAUUUUCCUUGAAGACAACCUGACACCCAGUUUACCUGUUCAAUUCAGGCAAUCAGUGCUAAGGGAGCUUUUCCAGAAGGCUCAGCAAGGGGAUGAUGCCCUGAAUGAAAUAUGUUUCAAAGUGUGUGCUUGUAAUAGUGUUUGUGAUGUAAUGGAAGGCCGGCCAGUUGGUGUCCAGUUUAACCAGCUAUUUCUGAAGCCCACUAAAGAAAAAAUAGACUUCCUCCUUGAGGUAUGUUCAAAGUCAAUAAACGUAGAAAGUGCUUCAGAAUCUUCAAAAAGGAAAAUGGCGUAUUUUCUGAAGAAACUGUGUUUGGGUUUGGAAGACCUCCAGCUUGUCUUCAUGAUUUCCUCCCACGAGCUCUUCAUAGCACUCUUGAAAGAUGAUGAACGAAAGCUGCUCAUUGAUCAGAUGAGGAAACGGUCACCUCGCGUCAACCUAGGCACUAAGCUUAUAACUUCGUUUUAUGAUAUUCCAGCCUCAGCAAGUGUGAAUAUUGGUCAGCUGGAACAUCAGCUUAUAUUGUCGGUGGACCCCUGGAGAAUUCGCCAGAUUUUAAUUGAGCUGCAUGGCAUGACAUCAGAACGCCAGUUCUGGACAGUUUCUAACAAGUGGGAAGUACCACACAUUUAUGGCAAUGUUAUCCUAGGAAUUAAAGACAACUUGACCAGAGACUUGGUCUACAUCCUGAUGGCAAAGGGUCUACAUUGCAGUGCGAUUAAGGAUUUUGUCCAUGCAAAACAGCUUUUUGCUGCUUGCCUGGAACUCGUUACCGAGUUCUCUCCAAAGCUGCGCCAGGUCAUGCUGAAUGAGAUGCUACUUUUGGACAUUUAUACCCACGAAGCAGGAGCAGGGCUUUCGGGAGAACGUCCUCCCUCGGACUUGAUCAGCAGAGUUCGAGGGUAUUUGGAAAUGAGGGUACCUGACAUUCCCCUUCGGCAAGUUGUAGCAGAGGAGUGUGUUGCCAUUCUGUUAAACUGGAGGGAGAAUGAGUACUUAACUAUGCAAGUUCCUCUCCCGCUGGUCCAGAACAAUCCUUAUGUAAAGUUAGGACAGCUUUUGGCUGCCACCUGCAAAGAUCUUCCUGGGCCUAAGGAAAGUAGACGAGCAGCUAAAGACCUCUGGGAGGUGGUCGUACAGAUCUGCAGCGUAUCCAGCCAGCACAAACGAGGGAAUGAUGGCAGGGUGAGCUUAAUAAAGCAGAGAGAAUCAACUCUGGGCAUUAUGUACAGGAGUGAACUGCUGUCUUUUAUCAAAAAAUUGCGGGAACCUUUGGUUUUGACGACAAUACUAUCGUUGUUUGUCAAGCUUAAUAAUGUCCGGGAGGACAUUGUGAAUGAUAUCACUGCGGAGCACAUCUCUAUUUGGCCAUCAUCAAUUCCAAAUUUGCAGUCAGUGGAUUUUGAAGCUGUAGCUGUUACUCUCAAAGAGCUAGUCAGUUAUGCACUGACUAUAAACUCAAACAACCAUUUCUGGUUAAUAAUUCAGGCUGACAUUUAUUUUGCAACGAAUCAGUACUCUGCAGCUCUUCACUACUAUCUUCAGGCAGGAGCUGUGUGCUCAGAUUUCUUCACGAAGAUGGUACCACCUGAUGUAUAUACUGAUCAGGUGAUAAAACGAAUGAUAAAAUGUUGUUCUCUGCUCAACUGCCACACGCAGGUAGCUAUUUUAUGCCAGUUCCUACGUGAAGUAGAUUAUAAAACUGCAUUUAAGGCGCUUCAAGAGCAGAACAGUCACGAUGCUAUGGACUCUUAUUAUGACUACAUCUGGGAUAUUACCAUCUUGGAAUACUUGACAUAUCUUCAUCAUAAGCGAGGAGAAACAGACAAGAGACAAAUAGCAAUUAAAGCUGUUGGCCAGACUGAGUUGAAUGCCAGUAAUCCAGAAGAAGUAUUACAGCUUGCUGCUCAAAGGCGAAAAAAGAAAUUUCUGCAAACAAUGGCACAACUGUACUUCUAAAGAUCUGCUGAGAGGGUGUCAGUUUCAUGACAUUCCAACAGUUUAUUACAUGUGAGACUUUCAUACAAUACAUAUUUAUAAACAAUA